GGACCGAGCCCUCACACCCGCUCACGCCCGCUCACUCUCGCACGCACCCACGCACGCACGUUGACAGGUGUCGAGGAUGAAGACGUGCGGGUCCUGGUCGCGGUGCCUGCUGGCGCUCCUGCUGGCCGCCUGCGCCCCCCCCUCGGCCGCGCUGACCCGCGCCAACCCCGGACGCGGCGCCGCGCCGGCCUCCUACAAGCAGGAGCGUCCGGGCCCGUCCCCGGCGGAGGCGCUCCUCUGGGACCUCCUGCAGAUGGCCGACGAGGUGGCGGACGAAGACGAGUGGCGAAACGGCGCCGAGGAGCGCGCGGCGGCGGCAGCGCCGCCCGGGUCCGUCGGCCCUCGGGAGCGCAAAGCGGGAUGCAAGAACUUCUUCUGGAAGACCUUCACGUCCUGCUGAGCCUCCUCUUUCGGCUUUUUCGUGUUA